AUGGAGUCGAUAUCGCGGAUAUCUACUCUCUUGGAGAAUGCGCGAGAGCUCACCCUCGACGCAGCCCAAGCUGCUCGCAGCACGAGGGUUACAACCAAGUCGCUCCCUAUAGCCCAGCUCAAGAAGCUCGUCGACAGCCGUAAUGAACGUGAAGUUCUGGAUGGUUUGCGCCGUGUUAUCUCGAUGAUGUACCGCCAGCAGCGCACUCUGCCCUUCUUCUCCUCCGUCGUCAAGAAUGUGGCCUCCCCCAACCUCGAGAUCAAGAAGCUGGUCUACAUAUACCUCAUACACCAUGCCGAGCAGGAACCAGAUCUGGCUCUGCUGUCCAUCAACACCAUACAAAAGUCCUUGUCCGACACGAAUCCUCAAGUACGCGCCCUGGCACUCCGAACCAUGAGCGGCAUUCGGGUACCAGUCAUUAGCCAGAUCGUCUCCCUGGCAAUCAAGAAAGGCGCGGGCGACAUGUCACCCCACGUACGCAAGGCAGCUGCACUUGCUAUUCCGAAAUGUUAUCGCCUAGAACCGAACACACUACCACAGCUGAUAGAUUAUCUCGCUACGCUACUGGGUGACAAACAGUACUUUGUUGCUGGCGCCGCGGUGACGGCCUUUCUGGAAAUUUGCCCUGAGCGGCUGGACCUCAUUCAUAAACAUUAUCGUAGCUUGGUCAAGAAGAUUGUCGACAUGGAUGAAUGGAGCCAGCUUGCUACACUACGUCUCAUGACUAUCUAUGCGCGCAAGUGCUUUCCCAGAAGGACACGUGCUUCCAAGACGAAAGAUAAAUCGGCCGACUUGCAAGAUUUCUACGGAGAGAACCCGUCGGAGUCCGCCGAAAAUGGGGAACAGGUUCUGGUGCUUGAUCCCGAUCUACUUUUACUGCUCAAUUCGAUCAAGCCCUUGCUCCAAAGUCGCAACUCUGGUGUCGUGAUAGCAGUGGCUCGGUGUUAUGCCAGCAUUGGUACUGCAGAGUAUGUCAAGUCAACUGUGGGUCCCCUUGUGGCCUUAUUACGAUCCGCACAGGAUAUCGAGCAAAUUGCCUUGUACAACAUUGUAUCAGUAUGCUUGACUCAUCCGAGCUCCUUUGUCAAGUACGCUUCACACUUUCUUGUUCGUGCUUCUGACCCAGCCCCCGUGUGGGAGCUGAAACUCGAAAUCCUCGCCCUCAUCUUUCCGCAUAGUCCUAAUCACACCAAGAGCUUGAUCCUGAGCGAGCUUGAGCACUUCUCCAGAGGCACAAACAAGGCACUCGUGCGUGACGCUGUAAGGGCGAUUGGACGUUGCGCGCAAACGGAUCCCAGCACAUCAGCCAGAUGUCUACGACUACUGCUCAGUCAGAUUACUAGUCUUGAUGGAACACUCGCAGCCGAAUCGCUCACAGUGAUUCGUCACCUGAUUCAGCAAGACCCCGAGGCCCAUACGGGUACCGUCACAAGGCUAGCUAAGAAUCUCGAUUCGGCUUCAGAUCCACAUGCACGAGCCACAAUUAUUUGGCUUGUUGGCGAGUUUGCCGGUAUUAAUGGCGACGACAAUAUUGCUGCGGACGUUGUUCGGAUUUUGUUGAGAGACUUUACCAACGAAGCCGAGGUUGCAAAGCGACAGAUUGUACUCUUGGCUGCCAAAGUCUAUCUGCACCAUAUCAACCGCGAGACUGAGGCCAAGAAGCCUGAGGAAGGCGAAGAACCAGCCCCUGCCUCGGAAGAUCAUGUGAUAGUUCGCCUCUGGGAGUAUGUUCUUCACUUGGUCCGUUAUGAUACCUCGUACGACCUACGCGACCGAGCGCGUCUUUACAAGGCACUUCUCGAAGUCCCACAACUCGCAACUCUCAUGCUUUUGGCGCCGAAACCUGCCCCUCAAGCGGCGAGUCCAUCAGAAACAAGGAAAGGUUACUUGCUAGGGUCAUCUGCACUCGUAUUGGCCGGCGGUGGCAGCAUUCACGGAAUCCGUGGCUACGAAAACCUACCUGAUUGGGUUCCGGAAGGCAGAGAACCCGACCCGGCCUUGCGAGCCCAAGACGGAGUUCCCAAUGAAUAUGGCGAAGGCAAGAGAGUGACACCGGCCUCACAGCAGCUUGAUGAGGCGCCCAAGAGUACCUUUUCCGGAAAGAGUAACGGCGUCAGCGAGGGCACUGGUGCAAAAACACUAGACGACUGGCUAGCCGAGUCUGGAGAAGAUGACGAUGGAGAAGAUGACGAUGGAGAAGAAUCAGAAGAAGAAAGUGAGGAGGAGGAAUCCGAAGAGGAAGAAGACGAUGAUGAGGACGACGACGAAGAAGAGGAAGAAGAUGAAGACGAGAGUGACGACAAUGAGCAGACAGGGGAUGAAUCCGCCCGACUUGUCAAAAAUGAAUAG